CUUGCCAAAGGGGCUGGAGCUGUCUCACGGGGCUGCCGCCUGCAGAACCAUGGGGACAGGGCUACGCAGCCAGUCCUUGCGAGGACCACGGCCCUCCUACGGCAAGCUCCAGGAGCCCUGGGGGAGGCUCCCGGGAGGCCGACCGCGGCGGGCGCUGAGCCUCAGGCAGGGCCGUGAGAGGUCCAGGUCCCCAGAUGGAGGCCCAGAAAGGCUGGACACCCCCAGUCAGGAGUGGCUGCCAGGGGGUCUGGGGGACACGGAGCAGCUGAUCGAAGCUCAGCAAGAAGGCAGCCAGCGGUGGCUGAAGCAGUAUCAGCAGAAGAUAAAGAGGAGGUGGGCGAGCUUUGUCACCAGCUUCCCCAGCGUGACCCUGAGCCGGGCGGCCUCCCCACCGCCCCUGCUGGGCACCACUGGCUAAGGAUGCUAGAAGCGGUGGGGGCCCUGGUUUGCUGCGCCCGGACGAGAGGGCCGUGCCUGCUGACCUACCUCUUGGCGCCCUCUGGACGGUGGAUGGGGCGCCCUCUUCCACGUGGACGACGCCGGCCUUCCUUAGUCAAGGCCUCUGCCACCAGAACAGAGUUCAGUGAAGCCAGACCCAUGGCUGAGAGGCUCUGGCACCUUACCUGGUCCCUGGGCCGGCCCCGCUCCCCUCUCACCAGUUGUACUGGUGGGCGGGGCGGGGGGGCCUCUCUCCUGGACCGUGAGCCCAUCCCAGGGGCAAGGACCACCUCCAGGCAGUUCUCAACGCCGCACUCUGUGGCUGAAAGCCCCAGACUGUAUUGUCGCUUG